AUGAUCGACCAGUUGGUGGCGACUUUAGCUCUGGCACAUCAGCGUCAUACACCUUGUUCCCGCCUCAAAAAAGCUGAACUGGUUCGCUUGAAAAUAGCUGCGCAACUUCUCAAAGACACAGAUAUUUUGAUCAUUGACAACGUGACAAAGCAUAUGGACAUUUACGAAAUGGCAUUUGUCAUUGACUACCUCCGAGACUGGGCAAUCAAACUCAACAGAAUCGUCAUCCUGGCCAUCGCACCUCCUUCUUUUGAAAUUCUUUUAAUGUUCUCACAAUGUACUGGUUUGCGAUGGCUUCUUAUAUGCCUCUUCAAUAAGCAAUUCCGAGACGGGGAAGAUUUUCCAGGUGCUUUGCUAACUUCUGGGCAAAUAGUCUACUGCGGCCCUCCAACCCAAAUGGUACAUUAUUUCACAUCAAUCGACUUCCCGUGUCCAAAGUUCAAAAAUCCAUGCGAUUUCUAUGUGGACCUCGCCACGCACGACCACCAGUCUGCAGCAGCCUCCGCCGAGUCUUCAGCUCGAAUCGCUAAACUAAUUCAGUGCUGGGAGGCGCUGAAAGCAGCCCCACUUCAAGUGACCAAAUCGACAGUUUCACCCAUGCUCUCCAGACCUUCUAUGAUUGAUGUUGUAGAAGCAGUGUGCAGGCGAAACUGGUACGAAUUCACGAAUAAGCCAAUGACUUCACUCUAUGAGCCGCUAAUGGCCCUAUUAAUGUCGUGCCUUAUUGGUGCAGCCUUCUUUUCUAUGACGAGAGAUAAACGAGCAGCUGCGAGCGACAGAAUUGGUUUGGUAUUGUCGCUGUCCUAUUUCGGACUCAUCCCAUUAAUAUUCCUCAUUGUGCACAGAGGUGAGCAUUUGGAUGAUGCACCUUAUUUACAUGAAAAAACGCUAUUAACAAUCCGAAAUUACUUUUUCGACGGGAAGCAGCCGGUAAGCAGAAGCAAACCGUCUUCGAGAUGUUUCGGAGAUCUGGAGCCUCCACAAUACUCUUCGUCAAUCCUUGAGUUCCUCUGGGAGCUGCCUUUGCUCACACUUACCGCGGUCUUUUACUCCGUUCCGGUGCCUUUUCUAACCGGGAUGAACAUCUCGUCGGACAAUCAGUUUUUAUGGAUACUGUCCGUCUUCGUCAUCAUUUUCGUCCAUCUCCUUCUGUGGCGACUGAUCUCCAAGGCUCUCGUCUUCCUGUGCUCGAAUUCCAGCUACGCAUUUUUUAUUACUCUUGUACUCCUAACUAUUUCCCAUUUGACAUCCGGACUUGUUGUGCAUCCAGCGGAGCGGCAAUCCUUUGUGUUUUACUCGCAUUGGUUAUCUCCUAACAGAUGGGUCUCACAGGCUUUGCUGGAAUCAGAGUUCUUAGGAAGCAGUUUGAUGGAGGCGAUAUUGGAAAUGCCGGUGAACAAUUCAGAGUUGACAAUUGGAUGUGAAAGAAAAGAAGUACUAGCGAAGAUGAUCAGGAAUGUAAGUCAGACUGCCAUGCCCUAUUUAUUUUCAGAAGAAGUGGUUCCGGCGUCGACUGCUGUGGUU